ACGCAGAACGUCCAGCUGAACAAGGAGAUGACCCUCGCCAGCAACCGGAGCCUGGCGGAAGGGAACCUCCUGUACCAGCCCCGGCUGGACGCUCUGAAGGCGCGCCUGACCCAGAGGUACCAGGAGCUCCAGGCUCUCUUCGAAGCCUAUCAGAUAAAGAAGACCCAGCUAGAUAAACAGUCGAGCAGCGCUUCCCUGGAGACCCUGCUGGCCCUUCUUCAAGCAGAAGGGGCCAAGAUCGAGGAAGACACUGAGAACAUGGCCGAGAAGUUUCUGGACGGAGAGCUCCCUCUAGACUCCUUCAUCGACACGUACCAGAGCCAGCGAAAGCUGGCGCACACGCGCAGGGUGAAGAUCGAGAAGCUGCAGGAGAUGGUGCUGAAGGGACAGAGACUCCCGCAGGCCCCAGCUCCACUGCCGUCCAGGGCACCUGAGGCAGCACCCACGGCAUACCCCGGCCCGGAGGCCAGCGGGCCCCCCUCUGUCGUGCCUCGGCGCAUCCCUCCACCGCCACCCCCGGUACCUGCAGGACGCUUAGCCACCCCGUUCACUGCCGCCAUGGGCUCCGGACAGGCCGCUCCGUACCCGGGAUUACAGUGCCCGCCCCUGCCUCCGCGCGUGGGGCUCCCCGUACAGCAAGGAUUCGCUGCGCCCUUCGUGUCCCCGUACCCGCCGGCGCUCCCCCAGCGACCCCCACCCCGGCUGCCUCCGCACCAGCCAGGCUUCAUCCUCCAGUGAGCGAGCCCGCGUCCCACCCGUCCUGGGAGCCGCCUCCGCCCUCCGGCCCGGACUCUAGGCCGCGAGAUCUGACGCUGUGCACAGACCCUGGUGCCCUGGCUGGUGCGUCCAUCCGUCCUAGAGCUGUAGGUCAGUGGAGAGUAGAAGUAGGAACCCAGGCGUGGUACCCGAGGCGGUCUGUCGGCCUGGCGUCCCCAGUGUCCCCACGUCCUGGUGUCAGCUGAUCUGCGUCCUCGGUGAUUUCUGCGUGCUGUAGCAGUGACGAACUCGUGCGUUUGGGAGCAGAGCCUCUCCCCAUUCCCGUCCAGAGUCGUGGCCUCCCAUCGCAGCUCUCUGUAACAAGCAUGGUUAGUUGUUUCCAGUUUAUUUUCAAGAGGUAGUUCUGAAGACCCCCGCCACCCCGGAGGUCUGCCAGCCCUCGGGCGCCCGUGGCCGGGCUAGGAGGCUUCGCUGUUCACCGAAUCCAGGGGGGGCAGGUCGCCCCAGUCGCCCCAGUCCCCUGGCCUGGCCUAGUCCGGGACUGGAGCACCGCGGCCGGGUGUGAGCGGGACUUGCAUGGGCACCCGUGUCCCCGGCUCCUCCACCGCCGCCUCCCUCCAGGGCCCCUGAGGGUUUCUGGGCGGAAACUCGCGCAACGUUUUUACUGUGUGUAACUUUCCUGUUUUAUAUUGGGAAAGAACUUUUUUGACACUCACAAGACCAUUCAGGGAAACUUUGUUUUUAAAAAAAAAAAAGAAAAAGAAAAAAAAAGGCAGAUGUCGUUUUGCGCGAAUUGAAGUGCGCGAAGCGCGUUUCCUCGCUCCCGUGUGCGAGCAGCACCGGUCGCACCGCGUGCCCACGCUGUGCCUUAGCUUCCCUGGCACCAGGACACCCAUGCCACAUGGGGCGGCCCGCUAGGUGGGGGAGCCCGGCCACCUGAGCCGGGGUGCUCUUUACCUUCAUCACCAGCCCCUGGUGGCCGGGCUCAAGCCAGGUGGGCUCAGGGUGGGCAGUCGGGAGGGCGUGGAGAAAGCCCACCCGCCGUGUCCCAGCACGUGCCAGCCCCCAUCCGCUCCCCGGCAUCCCGCGUCCGUGGCCAUGUGUGCUCAGUGCCAUGUGUGCUCAGUCUCCGGACCCGGCCUCCCGGGACCUGUCCUAGGCAGCCAGGACUCCCAGCCCGGGACCAGCUGCCAGUUGGCUGUUGCCCAGGGUGACAGAAUCGAGGCAGAGUGGAAACAGGGUCCGUCCCAGCAGGUCGUAGGUGAGGCUGCCAACCUUUGUCCUCAGAUACCGUACACUCCUGCUCCUGGACUUGAACUCUACUGUAUCCUCACUGGGUUUUUCUUAAAGAAAACAAAGCUGUCUUGGACUGUUCGCUGCCGUGCCCAUCAUGCGGGCUUGCCACGUCCCGUACGCCUUGAGCCAGCGGUGCCGCCCACCCGGGAUACCUCUGCCGCUGCCGGCCGGCUCUCGGGAACCCGUGGCCACGGGAGCUCUGUGUUGUCGCAAAGAGGCCGCGAGGCUGGCCUCGCCAUCGCUGUCCAGGGCCACGUCUGGCGCUGUGGGUGUACAGCCGUAGGACCUUUGUAAUAAAUAGAGAAUUAUUAAUAACCGUCCUGUUGCUCUUUUUCCUGGAGGUGUUCAUGGUGCAUCUGGUUCUAGAACA